GCUUUCACAUAAUACAGGAGUUGUUUGGCUGUGAGCUCCAGACUGAUGGGAGCAAAGGAGGGUUUAUGCAGGAUGGAUAUGAUGGGAGGGACUUCAUCUCCUUCGACAAGGAGACCCUCACCUGGGUGGCUGCCGACCCCCAGGCCCAGAUCACCCAGAGGACAUGGGAUGCUAUUCCAGGAUGGAAUGAGAGAAACAAAGCCUACCUGGAGGAAACCUGCAUUGAGUGGCUGGAGAAGUACCUGUCGUACGGGAAUGAGACGCUGCCGAGGACUGAGCCCCCAGAGGCGACGCUGGAGAGAGUCAAGACAGAGGUGGAGGAUGGGAUGGAGAUGCACAUCUGCCAGGUCCACGGCUUCUACCCCAGGGAGAUCGAUGCCUUCUGGACGAGGGACGGGGAGGUCUGGCUGCAGGACACCCUCCAUAAGUCUGUGGCCCCCAACGCGGAUGGGACCUUCCACUACUGGCUCAGCAUCCGGAUCGACCCCAAAGAGAGGAGCCGCUAUCGGUGCCACGUGGAGCACGACGGCCUGCUGGAGCCUCUGGACCUGGCCCUGGAAGAACCAAAAUCCAACCUGGGGAUCAUCAUCGGCUGCGUUGUGGCUGCUCUUGUCCUGGUGGGUGUGAUUGCUGGGAUCCUGGUAUUCCUCAUGAGACGACGGGAUGGCUACAAAGCAGCACCAACAAGUGAUAAAGGAUCCAACAGUUCAGACCAGGGGAGCAACCAGGCCGCUUAGCAGCCCCCUUGCAGUGGAGACUCCCAGCAUAAAGAGAGAGGAAUGAAGAGGGAUCAGCCUUCUCCUGAAUUAGGCCGGGGUCUUCGGGCCUUUCCUGCAUGCUGGAACCAGGAUAGAUUUUGGGUCUUUCAUCGCUGCUUUUAUCGCUAAAUCGGUAAAUGUUUUUCUAUCAUGAUUGAGGAGCAGAGGAGAAAAGGAUGUAUUAUGUGUUAAGAUUUCAAAUUGGAUUUCCUAGAUAAUAGUUUAUAAUAGGUAGGUUGCAUAACACCCUUAAUGGGCUUUUGCUGAUUAAUCUUAGUGGAUAGAGAUUAGAGGUUGAAGAUUAGAGGUUUUAGAGAUGGAUUUAGAGAAAAUGGGGUGAGGAAUAGGAUGAAGAGUUCAUUGGUUUUACUUUAAGAAAGAUUGAUAAGUUGAUAAUUUUCAUUACACUUGUUGGGGAUAAAGGUAGAGGUUUCUUUUUCUUGUAUAUCUGUUUAAUGUAAUCUUUGAUGAAACUGUUACUAAAAGAAGAAAUGUGCAUUCUGAGAUUUUUGUCACUAAAAUAGUUAAUGCAUUCUUAAUUGAUUAUUGCACGGCUAUUUGACCAUAAAUUUGAUAACACAAAG